CUGGUCUGGUCCUGAUCCUAGAAAGUUGCCAGCAGCAGACGAAAUUUAGUCGGGGUUCCGAGUGGUCGUGGUCUCUUUUUCGGUCGAUCCGGAUUUUAACCUUUUGGGCAGUGUGGGUGCAAAGAUUCUUGGAAAGUAAUUUUGUGUAGAAAAAGUGCAAAGAGUUGGACUGCUAAAGCUUGACGUUAGCGUUAGCGUUGGAACAGUUGGUUAGUAGUGGCAAGGUCGGAACUUCCGGUGUUUUAUUGUGUGUGCUUGUGACAAGUGACAACCCCAACUUCUACGUGGGUUUAAAAUAGUUUUCGUCCACUUUCCAGGAAAAAAAGGAAGCCUGACACGAAAAGAAGUUUGGUGGGUGGUGUCUCCGUUCUUUGUGUAAUAGAUAGUGGUCAGAACGGAAACCUAGCACCCUGAAGCAAAGUGUGGGUGUUGGGUGUAAAGUGUGGAACCAGGAUAAAACCGAAAGUUUACCCACCUCGGCAAAAAAAAAAAGUUUUCGUGAAGUGGAAAUCGAGCAGCGGAAGUCGCCGGGAAGGAGUCAAGUUUGUGUUUGUGUAGAGAGCUUGCAGUCGGUGGAAGGUGGAAGAAACAUUUUUCCGAGCAGUGCCGUGCCGUGCGCCGUGACCGUGGUCCCAGGCCGCGCCGGGGAAAACUUGUCUUGGAUUGAAAUUUGUAGCACUCACACAAAAGAAAAACCAAAUGGUGCUAACCCUUUCAAGUCUAAAAUCCUUGGUGUAACACAUUCUCCGCCGGAAGCCUCCGAAGCUGGGUGUCAAAAGUGUAAACAAAAAGAAGUAACUUGGGUGUCAAACGUAGGUGUGACGCACACUCUCGCGCAAAAUGUGUCCGCGUCGGCGGGGAACGCCACAAAGUGACUACGCGACGGAUAAUGUCCGGUGUCCGGAACCGGACCUGCCGCUGCGUUGAGAGUUGUGACAACCGAGAAGAAAAAAAAAAACACCACCGGGCAGUGCUGCCAAUCCUGCAAGUGACAACUUGUGAAGGGCAAAAUUCCAAAAAUCUUUUCUGAGUGGGUGUGCGAAAGUGUUUUGAGGGUGUGAGCUAAAAAAUAGUUGACGAAGAAAUGUCUGCCGGGGACGAUCCGGCCAUGGACAACGGAAAGAACCAUGAGGAGGAUGGUGACGGCAGUGUUGCCGGGGCCUGCACCAGUCCAGAAAUCGUCAACAAUAGCAACGCCACCGGCAACUGUUGUGCAAUACCGAAGCUGGCGUCCCAGUGUGAAAAUGGCGAAGCAAGUGAGGUUAAUUACGGUGGCUUAAUUAGAAGCAAUUCGAGACCGUCAACGGGUGGCAGCGGCGCCGGCGACGACGUCAACCUUCUCUCGCCGAACAACUCCCGGUCCAGCAUGAGCCAGACCCAGUCGCCGACGCAUCUGUCCCCGGCCCGGCAGCGGGCGGCCGAGGUGCUGUGCACACCGGAAGAGCUGGACGAGGUCGGGGCGUUCUUCGACGAGCACUCGGCCGCCAUCGAGCGGUGGUUCCGCGAGCGGGCCCCGUCCGACGUGAUCUGCAAGCUGCAGUCCAUUACCGGCGUCGGAGGGGCGGAACAGCUGUCCAAGUCGCCGCGGUCCCCGCACCGGGCCUCGGUCACGUCCGACCUGUUCCAGCAGUGGCUCGCGUCGUCACCGGUUAAGAAAUGUCGCUCGCCGACCGCGCGCAGCUCCAUCUCGAACCGGAGCCACCUGGCGGACCUGGACGAGGGCGAGCUCUUCAUGGAGCUGAUCCGGGACGUGGCCAACGAGUUGGACAUCGACGUGCUGUGCCACAAGAUUCUAGUCAACGUUAGCCUGCUGACGCACGCCGACCGCGGUUCGCUGUUCCUGGUCAAGGGACCGCCCACCGGGAAGUACCUGGUGGCGAAGCUGUUCGAUGUCACGCAAAAUACCCCUCUCGACGAGGCCAUCCGGCGCGCCAAACAGGACGAGCUCAUCAUCCCGUUCGGGGUCGGCAUCGCCGGCACGGUGGCCCAGACGAACGAAACCAUCAACAUCAAGGAGGCUUACCAGGAUCCGCGGUUCAACAGCGAGGUGGACCAAAAGACCGGCUACAAGACGAAUAUCAUCCUGUCGAUGCCGAUCUGUAAUUACGAGGGCCAGGUGAUUGGCGUGGCGCAGAUUAUCAACAAAACUAACGGUUCCCCGGAGUUUACGGAACGGGACACGGAGAUCUUCCGCCGGUAUCUGACCUUCUGCGGGAUCGGGAUCCAAAAUGCUCAACUGUUUGAAAUGUCUGUCCUGGAGUACCGGCGGAACCAGAUCCUGCUGAACCUGGCGCGGAACAUCUUCGCCGAGCAGAACAACCUGGAGUGUCUGGUGACGAAGAUCAUGACCGAGGCCCGGGAGCUGCUCAAGUGCGAACGGUGUGCCGUGUUUCUGCUGGAUCUGGACUGUGGUGAAGCGAGUGCAUGUUUAGAUCUGGAAAAUAACCAGUACAGGGUCAAGCAGAACCACCUGGAACGGAUGCUGGACCGACCGGAGAAGGGUCACCAGACGUUGUCGCGGCGCACGAGUCACAACGUCGACGUCGAGGAGGUCGUCAAGCAGCAGCAAAAGUCCAGUUCGGCCCGCUUUACGAUGAUCUUCGAGCUGGGCAGCAACAGUCCGUCCGCGGCCAACAUCUCGCGGCCCUCGGUGAACGACCUGAACAGUUCGACGCUGGCCCAGAUUGCCGAGUACGUGGCCAGCACCGGGGAAACGCUCAACAUUCACGACGUCAACGAGUGGCUCAAGGACAAACCCAUUUAUCAUCCCCAGCAGCAGCAGCCACAGCAACAGCCACAUACGCAUCCGUCACAGCACCAAGCUGAAGGUCAGGGCUCUUCCGGCGGGACCGGCGGCACGGACGACCUUAGCGCCAAAAACCUCCUCUGUAUGCCGAUCGUCAACGGUCAGCAGGCUGUGAUUGGUGUCGCUCAAUUAAUUAAUAAGGAAAAUGAUUUACAAUUUACGAGCUGUGAUAUUUCAAUCUUCGAGGCGUUCGCCAUCUUCUGCGGGCUGGGAAUUCACAACACCCAGAUGUACGAGAGCGCCUGCAAGCUGAUGGCCAAGCAAAAGGUCGCCCUCGAAUGUCUGUCGUACCACGCGACGGCACCGCCGGACCAAACGCUCAAGCUAGUCAACGACGCCAUCGCGUCCGCCGAGGAGUACAAGCUGUACAGCUUUAAGUUUAUCGACUUUGACUUGGAUGACGACGAUACCUGCCGGGCGGCUGUGCGAAUGUUCCUGCAGUGUAAUCUCGUGCAGCAGUUUCACAUUCCGUACGAUGUCCUCUGCCGGUGGAUUCUGAGUGUGCGGAAGAACUACCGUCCGGUCAAGUACCACAACUGGCGCCACGCGCUCAACGUAGCUCAAACCAUGUUCGCGAUGAUGAAAACGGGUAAGAUGGAACGGUUCAUGACGGAUCUGGAGAUCCUGGGACUGCUGGUGGCCUGCCUGUGCCACGAUCUGGACCACCGGGGCACGAACAACGCGUUCCAGAGCAAGACGGACAGUCCGUUGGCGAUUUUGUACACCACGAGUACGAUGGAGCAUCAUCACUUUGACCAGUGCGUGAUGAUUCUCAACUCGGAGGGAAAUAACAUCUUCCAGGCCCUCUCCCCGGAGGACUUCCGAACCGUGAUGAAGGUCGUCGAGUCGGCCAUCCUGUCGACGGAUCUGGCCAUGUACUUCAAGAAGCGGUCCCAGUUUCUCGAACUGAUCGAGGGUGGCGAGUUCGACUGGCAGGGCGAGGAAAAGAAGGAAGUGCUGUGCGGCAUGAUGAUGACGGCCUGCGACGUGAGUGCGAUUGCGAAACCGUGGGAGGUCCAGCACCGGGUGGCCAAGCUGGUGGCGGACGAGUUCUUCGACCAGGGCGACCUGGAGAAGCUGCAGCUGAACACGCAGCCCGUGGCGAUGAUGGAUCGGGAGCGCAAGGACGAGCUGCCCAAGAUGCAGGUGGGCUUCAUUGACGUCAUCUGUCUCCCCCUGUACAAGGUCCUGUCGGAUGCGUUCCCCUGGAUUCGGCCGCUGUACGACGGCACCAUGGACAACCGGCAGCACUGGCAGGACCUGGCGGAGAAGGUCGAGAUGGGCCUGACAUGGAUCGACCACGACACGAUCGACAAACCGGUCGAGGAGUUUGCCUCCGGAAAAGAGGUCCUCGCGGACAUCGAGUUCACCGUGACCACACUGAACUGCGCCGCCCCCCACCCGGACGAUAAGACUGACACGACGCCGGUCCACGAGCGGAAGCCGCGCUUCAGCAGCCUUCGCAAGACGGGCGCCCUCGGCAAGGCCGUCCGCAACAAGCUGUCCAAGUCGGUGUACAACAGCCAAACGGGGAUCGCUGGCCAGGCGGCGGAACGGCCCUCGUCCGGGGUGACCUGUUCUUCGAUCAGUUCAAAGUCCCAGGACGAGGAGCAUCACCACGGUGAUGGGGAGGCGAGUCCGGUGACGCCGACGGCAGCGGGCGCCACGACGACAACCGAAAGUGUACCUGCGGCGAUGCCGGUCAACCCGGAACAGGUGACCGCGUCCAAACCUCCCCCGUCCGCCAUCAAACCGGUCAAGAAGCGCUCCAAGCUGUGCAUGCUUUUGUGACCGAAGUAUUUCGACGGGGACUCCGAGGGAUCUGGAUCACCGGCGGCGGCCAAUGGUAAGGAGAACCCGGUGUAAGCCAGGUUUCGGCGGGAUCCAGCGGGGAGAAGUCGGUGUGCUAGUCUCUGUUUUUGUGGCUGUUCUGGUAGAUGUACAACUCUGGUAAGUGUACGUGCGAAAUGCGAUACAGUGUAACUCAAAACCCCAAAAAUAAGAUGUACAUGUGCGGCCUCGCAUUGAGCCGAAACGUCAAUCAAAAAGGUCCCUUAUUUUGGAGGAAUGUAUUUUGUAUGCAUGUUUAAGUAGACAAACGACAAACAUCCAACAAAUACAAAGAGAAGAUGCAAAUGCAAUGCAAGAAGAAGAAAAACUUGUGAAAUCAAAAUCUGAACAAUGCAUUCAAAAACAAACCCAAGGAAAAAAACCAAAAUAUUUGUUGUAAGAUAGGACAAAAAAUCUUUACGGUGCUUUCUCUACUUACUUAGUGGUAGUUUAGAUCUUUUAACAUUCUCGCUGAAAAAAAAAUAUGUACAAUAAGUGAUAAGUUUUGUCGAGCGACCCUCAAAAAGUGGUUAUACUAACUGUUCUACUAGAAAAAAAAGCAACACUUACAAACACUUGUCAGUCACACUAACACACACCAAACAUCCUUAGUCCUGUAAGAGCUCUCUUCACAUACGAACUCACACACACACACAUUUGUGAAAGGCACGUCAAUUCACUAACAAAAUAUUGUCCGUUACGAACGUAACGUAACGUAACACGCUCGCGCUAAUUUGUGUUGAACGCAAACGAACGUGAAGACUCUAGUCAUUACUGUUACAGGAAAGGAUGAAAAAGUGUUUUUAUUUAUUGCAAGUCAAUAUUUUAAGUCUCGAAGUAAGAAGCAACAUGUUUUUAAGCAAAUGUUUUGUUGCAAAAUAAGUUUUUGAGAUUCAAUGCUGAAGCAAACAGAGAGCUGAAUCAACACACAGUACCGUACCGUCCUAUAAGUUUACAUAAAGAAAAGUCAGCCAAAGAAUCAAACAUUUAGCAGGUAAAAAGAAGGGUGGAUGUCCCUUGAAUGUAAUGUUUCCACGUGACUAACCUUUCGCUGAGAUGACCGUUUUCGUAAAAUAUAAAAGAAAAAAAAAACUUUCGUACCUCAUUCCUUUCGUCUGUCCUAGAUUUAUCAAAAUUUGUCCCAAGCUUGACAAAAUUGGUUGAAAACUUUAAUAGAUUCAAAACUUCAACUUUAUCAAGUGUUUGGCUGGACGAUAACAAAAGGUCACCAUCUUGAACAAAAGUUUCAACUUUAUUCUGAAAUGGAAACUAGGUCCGAAUUAGAGGGACAUCCACCAAUCCACCAUACAUCAAAACAAAACUCUAAAAACUUCCACCACCGGUUCAAAACAAAACAAUUUGCACUAAGUUGCGUCCGCUGAGGUUAUCAAUAGAGAUUAAAUUGCAUCGAAAAGUUUGAAAUCAUUUAUCAGAAGGCAAGACAAAAGUAUAGUUAGGGUUGAAAAAAAAAAGACGUACGAGACAAAAAAGAAUAUAGCUAAAUUCGCGUUCACCCCAGUUUACCCUUUACACAAAGCCGCAAAUGAGAAAAAAGAAGCAAACUAAACGUUGCAGUUAGGCGACAGUGUUUUAAUGGUAGAGAUUACGUUUUGUAAUUGAUUGUUGAACAAAAAAAAACAACACACACCUACACAAGCACACAAUGUGAGCAACAAAAACAAAAGAUGUACUAUGAUGUGAACUGUAAAUACAAAGCUGCGCUGUGGUUAAAUUAAAAAAA